AUGGCGAAGAUCAACGCGACCUACAGCUCCGGCUACUACCUCGCACCCGACACCGACUACCGCAAGCUCGAAGAGGAGCAGCGGCGUGAACGGAAGCGGAAGCGGCAACAGGAGGGGGAUGACGACACGGGCUCGUCUUCUGCCAGCGGGGCCAUUCGACAGACGUUCGCGAUGCCGUUCAAUAUCAUUUGUCUGCACUGCAAUCGCCGUAUUGCGCGCGGAACGCAUGGGUACGUCAAUCGGCGGCCGACGAAAGAGAAGUUCAUGGGUAUCCGCAUCUGGGAGCUCGAGUUCCGCUGUAUCUUCUGCAAAGGGCAUAUCUACUUGACUACGGACUAUGAAACAGCGAAGCUGACAGGCGGGUAUCACUGCACCCGCAACUGCAGGCGCGGCGAAGGGGACUUCUACGGAACGAAUCAAAUCAACGAGGCUAUUCGGGCAAAGCAGGCGGCGGAGGAGGUGGAAAAGGGAUCACUGGACGCAUUGGAGCGUGAGAAUGAGGUGAUGCGGCAAAUACAGGAACGCGAGCGACUGAUUGAGGAACUUGUGGAGUCGCGGGCCGGCACGGAGGCGGAACAAACCCGCGAUGAACUUCUGCAGACCAUUCAGGCAAGGAAGAGGAGUAAGGCGACACGCCAACGCGAAGAUGACGAUGAGGAGGAGGAUGACGCCAAAGAAAAUGUGCCUUUUGAUGAGGAGGAGGAAGAGGCAUACCGGCGCUUCGAGGCACAAAUGCAGAACUGGCAGGAGGAGGCGGAGCGGUUGCUAAAAGGGCCGUCGAAAAGUGAUGCUGGGGAUGAUGACAAAGUGGCCGCAGCGAUCAUAUCCAGGUACACAGAUCACGGGAGCACGCGGCCGAAUGUUUUUAUGGAUGAAUCGGACUCCGACGCUGACGGUGACACCGAGAAUGGUGUUCAUGGGCACACGGCAACACCCACGGAAAAGAGUCGAGGAAUGCCCGUAGCUGCAGGCGCCAGGACCGCCGCUGGGCGCCGCAAAGGUAGUGCGUUGGCGUCCCUGUUGGAAGAUUUUUAA